CAUACUAGUAGAAAAUACUCUUCAAUAUGAAAACGACAUUUUGCUGCCAAAGAAAUUAAAUACUAGUAUGACUUUUCAAGCGACCAACUAGGACAUAUUGUAUAACCCACAUCUAUUCAUCCUAAUAUAUACUGUACUUUGAGGUAGAAAUCAUACAUUCUUGAUGGAAUCGCAACUAUCCACUCAAAUGCUUAUAUCUCCAAUGCUUAUUAUUGUUCUUAUAUUAUCUGUACAUACCUUUGCUCAAGAGGAUAUGCAGUUCAUCUACAAUGGUUUCCAAGGAUCCAUCAAUAAACUACAUGUUGAUGGAAUCACGACUAUCCACUCAAAUGGUCUUCUUCAAAUGACAAACCAUUCGCAACAGCUUUCUUCCCAUGCUUUCUAUCCACAUCCUGUAAUCUUCAAACCAAGUCGUUUAUCAUUCUCUACCACUUUUGUUUUUGCAAUGGUUCCUCAAGUUCAUAAUAUUUCAGGCCAUGGAAUUGUUUUUGUUAUUAGUCCUACCACAAAUUUCCAACAUACUCUCCCUUCUCAAUACCUAGGACUCUUCAAUAAUUCCACCAAUGGCCGUUCUUCUAAUCAUAUAGUUGCUUUAGAAUUAGACACUGUCCAAAAUCUUGAAUUCAAAGACAUAGAUAGCAACCAUGUUGGAAUUGAUGUCAACAGCCUCAAAUCUGUUGAUGCUGCUUCAGCAGCAUACUACUCUGACAAAGAAAGGUCAAACAAAAUUCUGCUGCUAAAUAGUGGAAAGCCAAUGCAAAUUUGGAUAGACUAUGAUGAGGUUGAGAUGUUACUGAAUGUAACAUUAGCUCCAUUUAGAGAUCCAAAGCCUAGCAAGUGUUUGCUGUCUAAGCACCUUAAUCUUUCUGCCUUACUCCUUGAUACUAUGUAUAUUGGCUUCUCUUCUUCUACUGGUAGUGAGGCAGCAAGUAAUCAUUAUAUACUAGGGUGGAGCUGGAAUCAAACUGGAAAAGCACAAAAUUUAGACCCUGACAAGCUUCCACCACUUCCACAAAACAAACAGCAAAAAUUACUCUUCAGAAAUAUUGUGUUUGUAGUUCUACUUAUUGUGGUUAUACUAGCGUUAUUAGGGAUUGCUGCAGCUCUUUGGUUCCUUUGGAGAAAGAAGUACAGAGAACUGCUUGAACCUUGGGAAAAGGAAUAUGCCCCUCAUAGAUACACAUUCAAGGAUCUUUAUGUAGCAACUAAAGGUUUUAAAAACUCUGAACUUCUUGGAGUUGGUAAUUUUGGAAAGGUCUACAAGGGUAUUUUACCUUCUACAAGCCGCCAAGUUGCUGUGAAGCUAGUGUCCCAUGAUUCAAAACGAGGGAUGAAAGAAUUUGUUGAGGAGAUUUCUAGUAUGACAAGACUAAGGCAUAGAAACUUGGUACAGCUCCUGAGUUACUGCAGAAGAAAAGGAGAGCUUAUUUUGGUCUACGAGUAUAUGCCUAACGGGAGUCUUGACAAGAUCCUAUAUGGAAAGGAUAAUAAAUCAAAAUUAUCUUGGUCCACGAGAUUCAACAUCAUUAAAGGAGUGGCCUCUGCCCUUUUAUACCUUCACGAGGAAUGGGAACAAGUUCUCCUUCAUCGAGAUGUGAAGGCAAGUAAUAUCCUGUUAGAUGCUGAGAUGAACGCAAGGUUGGGUGAUUUUGGCCUGGCCAGACUCUAUGAUCAUAACAAUGAUCCUCGAACCACUUAUGUGGUGGGAACUGUUGGAUACAUUGCACCUGAAGUCACUAGAACGCAACAACCAACCACCAGCACUGAUGUUUUUUCUUUUGGAAUGUUUCUUCUUGAGGUGGGUUGUGGGAAGAGGCCAAUUGGCAAGCAGUCUGAUAAUGAUGAUGAAGAUUUUUUCCUCGGUGACUGGGUUUAUGAUUGUUGGAAAAGGGGAGAAAUUCUUACAGCAAGUGAUCCUACAAUGGAAGAUGAUUAUCAGGAAAAGAAAUUGGAGCUAGUAUUGAAGUUAGGCCUUCUCUGUUUGCAUCCUAAGGCAAAAGAAAGGCCUACAAUGAGGCAGAUAGUGCAGUUUUUUAAUGGAAGUACAACUUUGCCUGAAAUACCAUCUGAUUACGACAUCGAUAGCUGUAUUUUCUUUGAAGAGGGUUGAGGCAAAGCAGCUUCAUUACCAUCACUAUCUGGAACUCUCUCUCUCUCUCUCUCUCAGUUUCCUGUCUCGCAUAAAUUCAGUCCUUCGAUAUGUCGUCGUUGAAUCACAAAUUUCCAGACGGCUAACUGUUAGAGUACCAGUUCAAAUAUUAGGCCUCUCCUUUUUUUUUGGUGAAAAAGGAUUUCAUUCAACAAUAUAAAAGCAUUACAGAGUCUGCUACAUACUACGAGUACUACAUUACUUGUAGUCUACCUUUAUAAUAAACUGGUAUGUUUGUAAGCCAGUAUGUAAAUCUAAUGUAGUAAUGUGCAAUGUAAGAAUGUUGGAUUAUAUUAUAUUAUGUGCUAUAUAUUUUAUCAUAGACUACAUUGAACUCCUUUCGUUCAAAAUUAGUUGUUACAUUCUCUUAACCGGGAAUACUUAAAUGAUUUUCUUAUCACUUGAUGUGUGUACCCCUAGUACAUACCUAACCUUUCUCCUUCAUCCAUAGUCCCCACUUCCCAUGCCUUUUCUCAAUUCAUAUUCACAUUUUUUUUCUAU